CGGGGCCUACCUCGCAUCAGGACCAGUCUGGCUGCACCUGCUUCCUUAGCUCAGAGCAUCCCUGGAGCAUCUUAAGAGGCGACCGCAGCUGGCAACCAGAGACCAGACCGUCGCAGGAGGCGUCCGCCAGAUACCUUCCCCUUCCCCUGACCUAGCACUCUGCAGCGGGGGCCUCCGUACCGACCGGAGGUCCCAGAGUUGUCUGACCAUUGCAAAAGCAUUUAUAGCAAUAGCCUCUGAUUACGACAUGGCUGAGAUCACCAAUAUCCGACCUAGCUUUGAUGUGUCACCAGUGGUCGCUGGCCUCAUCGGGGCCUCUGUGCUGGUGGUGUGUGUCUCGGUGACCGUCUUUGUCUGGACAUGCUGCCACCAGCAGGCAGAGAAGAAGCACAAGAACCCACCAUACAAGUUUAUUCAUAUGCUCAAAGGCAUCAGCAUAUACCCAGAGACCCUCAGCAACAAGAAGAAAAUCAUCAAAGUGCGGAGAGACAAAGAUGGCCCUGCGAGGGAAGGUGGACGCGGGAACCUGUUGGUGGACGCAGCAGAGGCUGGCCUGCUGGGCCAAGACGAGGGUACUAGCUCUGGGUCUUGUAUAGACCAAUUACCCAUCAAAGUGGACUAUGGGGAAGAACUGAGGAGCCCCAUUGCGAGCCUGACCCCCGGGGAGAGCAAAACCACUUCUCCAUCAUCUCCAGAGGAGGAUGUCAUGCUAGGAUCCCUCACCUUCUCAGUGGACUAUAACUUCCCCAAAAAAGCCCUGGUGGUGACAAUCCAGGAGGCUCAUGGGCUGCCAGUGAUGGAUGACCAAACCCAGGGCUCUGACCCCUACAUCAAAAUGACCAUCCUUCCCGACAAGCGGCAUCGGGUGAAGACCAGAGUGCUACGGAAGACCCUGGACCCUGUGUUUGACGAGACCUUCACCUUCUAUGGCAUCCCAUACAGCCAGCUGCAGGACCUGGUACUGCACUUCCUCGUCCUCAGCUUUGACCGCUUCUCCCGGGAUGACGUCAUUGGGGAGGUCAUGGUGCCGUUGGCUGGAGUAGACCCCAGCACAGGCAAGGUACAGCUGACCAGGGACAUCAUCAAAAGGAACAUCCAGAAGUGCAUUAGCAGAGGGGAGCUCCAGGUGUCUCUGUCAUAUCAGCCUGUGGCACAAAGAAUGACAGUGGUGGUCCUCAAAGCCAGACACUUGCCGAAGAUGGAUAUCACCGGUCUCUCAGGUAAUCCUUAUGUCAAGGUGAACGUCUACUACGGCAGAAAGCGCAUUGCCAAGAAGAAAACCCAUGUGAAGAAGUGCACUUUGAACCCAGUCUUCAACGAGUCUUUCAUCUACGACAUCCCCACUGACCUCCUGCCCGACAUCAGCAUCGAGUUCCUUGUCAUCGACUUCGAUCGCACCACCAAGAACGAGGUGGUGGGGAGGCUGAUCCUGGGGGCGCACAGUGUCACAGUCAGCGGUGCUGAACACUGGAGAGAGGUCUGCGAGAGCCCCCGCAAGCCUGUGGCCAAGUGGCACAGUCUGAGCGAGUACUAAUCCUCUUCUCCUUGCCUCUAACCCCAGGGCCGGGCUGGGCAGGGACGUGGUGGGGAGAGAGAUAAACAGAGAGAAGCGGACUCAAAACCUCAUUUUAGCUGUAGAAGAAAAUUUCUUACAAAACAAACCCCACAAAGAACACCCCACAUGACCACAGCUGCAGAUCAGUUCUUAGCGAUGAUGAUUUUUCUCCUUUGCAAGGCACUAGGAAAUCCCUUUUUUCUUUUUUUUUAUGGGGGAAAAAAAGAGAGGGAAAGACCUCUACAAGUCUAUGUAUAAAAAUGUAACCUUAUACUUGCAUGUCUAAUACAAACUGAAGAAAUUAGCCUA